AUGGACCUUGGAAAGUAUUUUUCAGGUUUCUUUACACAUUCUUUAACAAGAUCUGUAAAUGAAAACCAAGGUUCAUUUGAAGAUAGAGAAUCAUAUUUUUUGUUGGUUUUAAAAAGAAAUAAUGAUGGAGACAAAAUAUAUAAAGGACUGAAGGAAACCAAUGAGUUUAAUAUAUAUGAACUUAAUGAUUUAAAUAUUCCUAGAAACCUUAUUUAUUUAGUUAUUUCAUUGAGAUUUACUAACGAAAAAAUUUCGAUUAAAGCUGAAGAGUUACAACCAAACAGAAAUGAUAACUUAUUUUGGGGUGAUUGGCCACCUUCUUACUCUUGGGUUUUUUUUCUUGGAAAUAUUUUAUUUCAUGAAAUAAGUCAAUUUGAAUUCUGGGAAAAUGCUGUUAUUAAUGUCAUUGCGUUGCAUAAUGGGGAAUCAUUAUUUGAACUUUAUGAAAAAUCCACACGUGUUUUUAGUAUUAAUGGAAAUUUCCAAAAUAAAAAAAAAGAACCUUUAGAAACUCCUUUGGAAAGAAUUCAUGAAAAUGAACAAUACAGUUCCAUUCCGAGAUUAUUUAAUAUUUUAUGUGAAUGGUGUGACUACUUUGGUCCAAAUAUAAUGACCAUUUUCUGGCUAAUAUUGGUGUUUUUUAUUAUUUCAAUGGUAAUUUUCUGUAUUAAUACUGUUUCUAUAUUUUUUUAUUUUAUAUUAACCGAUUUGUUGAAUUACAAAUAUUCGUUUUUUAACUUUCCUUAUUAUUCCAAAAAAAUUACUCCAUAUUUGAUAUUAAUGAUUCCCAUAAUUACAAGUAUUGGUCUUAUUUUCCUAAAGAGCAUAUUGGAUGAUUUUCCUUUGCCAAAACACAGACAAGAAGAUUUAAUAUAUUUUUCCAAUAAUAAAUGGAGAAAUCCUAUUAAGAAACCGGAAGAUUACUUAAAUUUGUUUUAUAAUAUGGCUAUUCCGAUUUUGAUUAUUUCAAUAUACAUGCCAUUAAGUAAUAAAAUUGAAAUACUAAAAAACGAGUUUUUUAAAUUUAUGAUACAUUUUGUUCUUUCAUUAAUUAUUUUCCAAAUAAUUAAUAACAUUAAUAUAAAUAUUGAUGUAUCUUGUGAGACAUACGACACUUUCUGGUCAUUUAAGUUACCUUUAAUAAUAAAAAAUGUGAUUUUUUUCUUUUAUUGGACAAUAAUUAAACAAAUAUUAACAUAUUUCUAUUGCAAUUCAAUUGACUAUUUUCCUUUUACAAUUGGAUUAACUAUACUAACGAAAAAUUUAUUUUCAGUAAUCAAUUCAAUGCCAUAUUCCAAAAAUUGCAUUGGUUUCAAAUUGGGGCCUAAAGAAGAAAUGAAAAGACUUCCAUUAGGUGAUUAUGUUACAUACGACAAUGAUUUAGUUCUUAAUCAACCAACUUCAAGAUCCAGUCACUUUUGGAAUAACUUUCUUUUUAUAAAGAAUAAAUAUACUCUAUAUGAAGAUAUGUGGCACUAUAAUUUAUUGAACAUGAUAAUACUCUCAAUUUGUACGGAAUAUCCAAUUAUUUCAUCAUUUAUAUUGAUGAUAAACAGUGGACUUACUAUAACUUUACUCUUUUCAAAGAUUUUGACCGAUUCGACAAGACCAUGGCUUUUAAAUAUUACUUUAUCUCAUCAACUUUGGAAAUUUAUUAUUGAUUCUAGUAUAUUAUUUUCAAUUUCAUGUUUCUCAUCAACUCCAACUAGUUCAAAUUUCAAAACUUAUUUGUUUAUUGUUACAUUUGUAUUGAAUUAUGUUAAUAUUAAUUCAACAAAAUCAGGGAAUAUGAUUUAUUUUAGCGAAAACUUAGUUUUCUACAUAUUUAAACUUGUUCCUCUAUUCAAGUAUACGAGACAGGCAAUUGAAAAGAACAAAAUGUCUUUGAACAAGGCAAUAAACAAGGUAUUAAGAAUGAGAAAUCCUCAAAUAAUAAACAAUCAUGAUGAUGAUAAUUUAAAUCUUACAUUAAAUAAAUUAAGAGAAAAUGGAUAUUCUAAUGUGAGAAAAAUUGAGAUUAAAUCUCCUAUAAAGGAAUUAUUAGAAAAAUUUGAAGGUUAUUGGGUUCUUUUGAGAUCAAAUUCUGACUCACUUCAAGAAAUAAACGCAGCACUGGGUGUCUCAUGGUUUAUCAGAAGAGCAGUUGAUAAACUCAACCCAAUUGUACAUUACGAUGUUGACACAAUAAGAGGAAUAGUUUCAAUAUCAACAACAUUAAUAAUGGGAUUAAAUAAUAGAACAACAUUAAUAAUUAAUAAAACGAAAAACUUGGGUAAGAAUAGUCUUGAAGAAAUAGAAAACCAUAGGAUUGAAGAAUUUAAGAUGGAAGAAGAAAAUAGUGAUAAUUUAUCAUUACCUCAUGAUGAUGGGGGAUUUUAUAAACAAUAUUCGAAUAAAAGAAAGAAGUCAUUUGAAAAGUAUAUAGUUUUUGAUCAACCAAAUACAACUCUUGAAUGGAGUGAAGAUAAAACAAACAUCAUUUUGGAAACUAGACAAAAUAGAGAAGAUUUUAAAAUGAUUGAGACAAGAAGUAUAGUUCCUUCUUAUAAACUCCCAUUUAAGAUUAAAGGUAACGAUGGGAAAAUUAUUGAGAAUAGACGACAAGAUAUUUUAUGCUAUAAAAUUAUUCUUAAGGGUGGGAAAAGGAAUUUUGGUAAUAAAAAUAAUUUGCUUGUAUGUUGUAGAUACUUUAUAAAGACCGAAAUGAUAAAGUCUAAGGAUUCUGAAUUGAAUUCUAAGCAAAGUAAUGAAUCAAAAACAAAAUCUAGCCGAUCGAAGAGUUUGACUUCAGUGAAUACAUUAAAUGAAAUUCAAUCAAUAGAAAGUGUUAAACCAACCUUUAUUGGAGAGUUAAAUGAUUUUCCUCUAACAAUACAACAAUUAAUACAAGAUGAAGAUAGCAUACUAAAAAUUGUUACCGAUAAAAGAACAGAACUUUUAGAAUAUACUCGAAAGCUAGUGUCUGAAAUUGAUAAUGGAACACAGAAAUGGUCACUUGAGAGAAAUUCAAAUGGAAUGAGAGUGUAUAAGAGAGAAAUUGAUGGACAGCCAUUUAUGAGUUGUGGAAUCACUUCAAUAUUACUGAACUGUGGUGUUCAACAGUUCAAAAUAUCCUCUAGUAAUGAAAUUGAAAAUUCAAAUAAAUUAUGUUCAAUUAAAGAUAUUGUAGAUUAUGUUUGGGAUUCUAAUAAUAAGAUGUAUUAUGAUCCCAUGGUUGAAAAGUCUGAUCCAAUCUAUUAUUUUAGAAAUGACGAAAACAUUUGCAUAUUCUACCAAGCAUUUAAGGGACAAUGGGGUGUCUCAGGAAGAGAUUUUGUUGUGAUAUGUUAUAGAUUUAAACCAGACGCAAACGAAUCAAAUAAUUUAGAUGAGUCACAAUAUGAAUAUAUUCUCACUCAAUCUAUUGAGUGGCCAAUAAUAAACUCAUCAUAUGUAAGAGCUAAAAAUUACUUUGCAACAUAUGUUUUUCGUCCAGAAGGGGAAAACAAAGUACAAACCUUAUAUUUCAAUCAAGUUGAUUUACACACCGAUAUAUCUGCAUGGAUAAUAAAAAGAGUAAUUUUGGAUCAAAUGAAUUCGCUAACUAUGCUUAGAGAUGUACUACAAAAAAAAUAG